AUGGAUAGAGUAAAUUUUUCAGUUAACGGUGCUAAUCAUUCGGUUGGUUGUGAGGUGCGGUCCACCACCACGCUCCUGGAAUAUCUGCGUCACCACCUAGAGCUCCGCGGCACGAAAUACAAGUGUUUGGAAGGAGGGUGUGGCUCCUGCAUCGUCAGUGCGGUCAAGCGCCACGGAGACAAACCUCAAGGCGUUAAUUCCUGCAUGGUCUCAAUAACAUCAUGCAAGGACUGGGAGAUCACGACCAUAGAGAAGGUGGGGAACCGACUGGAUGGGUACCACCCGCUGCAGACCACGCUGGCGGCGAAAGGCGGCUCGCAGUGUGGCUACUGCUCGCCGGGCAUGAUCAUGAAUAUAUACAGUUACUUGAAAGCAAAACCACGUACAAUGCGUGAAAUAGAGCAUGCGCUAGGAAGCAACUUAUGCAGAUGUACAGGAUACAGACCGAUAUUGGAGGCAUUCAAGACAUUCGCCUCAGACGCUCCCAAACCGACCGACAUAUUGGAUAUCGAAGAUUUGAAAAUAUGCAAGAAAUCUGGGGAGUCAUGUUCGGGACUCAAAUGUGAACAUUCUGAUUGGUGUAUCGUCCCCAAACAUAAUGAAGUACUGCAUAUAAAACUAAGCGAUGAUAGAGACUGGUACAGAGUGGCGAGUCUUAUUGAUGUAUUUAAUAUAUGGGAGAAAAAUGGCACAGAAUGUUAUAUGCUGAUUAAUGGGAACACGGGAAAAGGUGUAUAUCCAAUAUUGGAAUAUCCUAAGCUCUUAAUAGACAUCAGCGGGGUAUCGGAGCUUAAAGGUUAUUAUAUAGAUCAAAACCUGGUACUUUUAGGCGGAACGACACUAGUCGAAGUUCUACACAUAUUUAAAACUUUAGCUAACAAUGAAGGUUUUUGUUAUCUCAACGUAUUAGCUGAUCAUUUGGAGAAGGUGGCUCAUGUUACCGUCAGAAAUGUUCUUGGUUCCGAUGCGUGCUCCACCGAUACGCUAACGGAUUUCAUGCGUUAUCGCCAUGGUUUGCACGGCACCAAGUACAUGUGCCGUGAGGGUGGCUGUGGCGCCUGCAUGGUCAGCGUCGUCAAGAGCCCCGGCCAGGCACCCAUGAGUGUCAACUCCUGCUUGGUAGGGGUAGCGUCAUGCUCCAACUGGGAGAUUACGACUAUCGAGGGUCUUGGAAACCGCUUGAAAGGAUACCAUCCGCUGCAGAAAGCACUCGCGAAAAACAAUGGAUCCCAGUGUGGGUACUGCUCUCCCGGGAUGAUCAUGAAUAUGUACAAGUAA